CCCCCCAAGAUGUAUCCACAAGGCCGACAUCCGCCGCCACAUCAGCCCGGUCAGCCUGGCUUCAAAUUCACAGUAGCAGAGUCUUGUGACAGGAUUAAAGAUGAAUUCCAGUUCCUGCAAGCCCAAUAUCACAGUCUCAAGGUGGAGUAUGACAAACUGGCCAAUGAGAAGACGGAGAUGCAACGCCACUAUGUCAUGUAUUAUGAGAUGUCCUACGGGCUCAACAUAGAGAUGCACAAACAGACGGAGAUUGCCAAACGGCUCAACGCAAUUUUAGCUCAAAUUAUGCCCUUCCUGUCUCAAGAGCACCAACAGCAGGUUGCUCAGGCAGUGGAGCGGGCAAAGCAGGUGACUAUGACUGAGCUGAAUGCUAUCAUCGGGGUACGUGGACUUCCCAAUCUGCCGCUCACCCAGCAGCAGCUUCAGGCACAGCACCUCUCCCAUGCCGCUCACGGGCCUCCCAUCCAGAUGCCACCUCACCCCUCGGGCCUGCAGCCGCCCGGCCUCCCGCCCGUGACGAGCGCUGGAUCAGGACUGCUUGCACUUGGCGCUCUGGGCAGCCAAGCCCACCUCCCCGUGAAGGAUGAGAAAAACCAUCACGAUCUGGAGCACAGAGACAAAAUGGUAAUAAAGUGUUUGGUUUUCCCUUUGCAGAAUAACUCCAUAUCCCCAUCAGAAAGCUUACGCACAGCCAGCGAGAAGCACCGCAGCUCCUCUGACUACAGUUUGGACUCGAAGAAACGCAAAGUGGACGAGAAGGACAGCAUGAGCCGAUAUGACAGUGACGGAGAGAAAAGUGAUGACCUGGUGGUAGAUGUGUCUAAUGAGGACCCCACCACUCCGCGGGCCAGCCCGGUGCACUCCCCACCUGAAAAUGGCAUUGAUAAGCCCCGCCCUCCAAAGAAGGACACACCCAACAGCCCUGCAUCAGUGGCGUCGUCUGGAAGCACGCCGUCGUCCAAGGCCAAGGAGCUCAGUCAUAAUGACAAAUCCUCCACGCCUGGCCUCAAGUCCAACACUCCCACCCCCCGCAACGACGCCCCCACCCCGGGCACCAGCUCCACUCCCGGCCUCAGACCCAUCCUGGGCAAACCCCCAGGCAUGGAGGCUCUAGCAGCACCAGCUCUACGUACCCCUCUGUCCAUCGCAGGCUCUUACCCUACCCCCUUUGCCAUGAUGGGCCAUCAUGAAAUGAAUGGAGGUCUGACCAGUCCGAGUGUAUAUGCUGGUCUGCACAUCUCGCCUCAGAUGAGUGCUGCGGCCGCUGCAGCCUACGGACGCUCCCCUAUGGGGUUUGAUCCUCACACCCACAUGAGAGCACCAGGCCUCCCAGCCAGCCUCACAUCCAUUUCUGGUGGCAAACCGGCUUACUCCUUCCACGUCAGCGCAGAUGGUCAGAUGCAGCCUGUGCCCUUCCCACCUGAUGCCCUGAUUGGCCCGGGUAUUCCUCGCCAUGCCCGUCAGAUCAACACACUGAGCCACGGCGAGGUGGUGUGCGCUGUUACUAUCAGCAACCCCACACGCCACGUCUACACUGGUGGCAAAGGCUGCGUCAAAAUCUGGGACAUUAGCCAGCCCGGCAGCAAAAGUCCUGUGUCCCAACUGGACUGUCUGAACAGGGAUAACUACAUCCGCUCUUGUAAGCUACUGCCUGAUGGUCGCACAUUGAUUGUUGGAGGCGAGGCCAGCACAUUGACCAUCUGGGAUCUGGCCUCUCAAACACCGCGCAUCAAGGCUGAGCUCACCUCCUCGGCCCCGGCAUGCUACGCCUUGGCCAUCAGCCCUGAUGCCAAAGUCUGCUUCUCCUGCUGCAGUGAUGGAAACAUCGCCGUUUGGGAUCUGCACAACCAGACUCUUGUUAGGCAGUUCCAAGGUCAUACGGAUGGUGCUAGCUGUAUCGACAUAUCCCAUGAUGGCACUAAGCUGUGGACAGGCGGUCUCGACAACACUGUUCGCUCCUGGGAUCUGAGGGAGGGUCGACAGCUGCAGCAGCAUGAUUUCACAUCACAGAUCUUCUCGUUGGGCUACUGUCCGACCGGAGAGUGGCUCGCCGUGGGGAUGGAGAGCAGCAACGUGGAGGUGCUCCACCACUCAAAGCCUGACAAGUAUCAGCUCCACCUGCACGAGAGCUGCGUCCUCUCUCUCAAGUUCGCCUACUGUGGAAAAUGGUUUGUAAGCACUGGGAAGGACAAUCUGUUGAAUGCUUGGAGGACUCCUUAUGGCGCCAGCAUAUUCCAGUCCAAGGAAUCCUCAUCUGUCCUGAGCUGUGACAUCUCGACAGACGACAAGUACAUUGUGACCGGCUCUGGUGACAAGAAGGCCACUGUGUAUGAAGUGAUCUACUAGAGCGGACUGCUUUGGAUCAGAGCAUGUUCAUGCUCAGGAACAACAGACUCCAUCUACCUUCCCUCACAAAGACAGCAUGGAUGUUGCCUGCAGCCCCGGGGG